AGUCAAGUCGACCAAAACGAGCGCCCGUUAUAUCCGCACAAAAUAAUUUCGGCCGAAAUUCUGUUGAAUCCGUUUCCGGAUAUCAUUCCGAGGAUUAAAGAGAAGAAAACGGAGUCUAAACCCGAAGCGAAGUCCAAAUCGAAGGCUACGAAGAAUUUCAGUUUACUUUCGUUCGGCGAAGAGGCAGAAGAAGAGGAGGAAGAGGGCGCCAAAGCCUCCGAAGAGUUUCGCGGGAAGAGUAAAAGUAGUCACGAUUUGCUUAAAGACGACCCGAAGUUGAGUGCAGUGCCGGCCGUCGAGACCAACGAUUUGAUGACUUCUGACGAAGAUAUCGACGACAAGAAAGACAGCGAACGAGAAGAAGAUGAGGAGAAGAAGAGCGAGAGUUUGGAUCGAAUCAAAGCUAAGCUUAACAAAGGGUUAACAAAGGAAACGAUUUGUGACAAAAUGAAAGAUAUAGAAGAGAUUCUCGACAAAGACGAGGAAGAGUUCUUAGAUAACGAGAAGAGACAGAAACUUAUUAAACAAGAGUCGUGUUUAUCUAAAGUGAGGGACGAAUUCAAGGCAUUAAAGAAACAAAUGUGCGCUGAAUUGAAGAAGAAGUGCGAGAAAGUGAGCAAAUGUAAGAUCUAUGACAAUCCAGCCGUCGCUGAGUUCAUA